AUGCAUUUUCUACUCUGUAUCAGUCUUUUAUUCUUUAAAUUUUUAAAUGGACAACCCAUAAAUCAAAAUAUAUGUCCAGCCGGUUUAAUUUCUAAACCGGACGAUGAAAGAUGGCCACUAAUACCUCAAAAAUUUGAAAUUAUGGGCGAAUUGGUACUGAAUGAUGGAGCGCUUGAAAUCACUCAAAUAUUUUCUUAUAAUCGCGACACAGUUUAUUUAACAAUAAACGGGGUAGUAUUUAAACAUUAUUAUGAUUUCAGUACAAAUGAAUAUCUGACAAUAUCAACAUUCAUUUAUGAAGGUCUAGCUGUACCUUUAUGUGCAAGAGUACCAAUCACUAAUCAAUUUCCGACUAGUAACAUUUCAUCAACAAUCCUAAAACCAUCCAUAUUAUUAGGUUAUGAUAGAAAUAAUAUGGUUAAUAAUGAAUUUGCUACGAGAUAUGAUGGUGAGACAAUUAUAAAUGGUUUGCCAGUUAGUAUAUUUCGAUCAUGUUUCUAUGUAUCUGAUAUUCAAGUAACAGUAAAUGCAACAUAUUAUUUUACUAAUCCAUGGAAAUUUCAAAGUUAUUUGGGACAAAAUAAAUCACUUCUCUUACAAAUUGAUGUUCUCAGUGAAACUGGUAGUGGUGAAAAACUGAAUUACAUUUAUAAUAUUGUUCGUUAUCUUCCAAAUCCAAGCAGUGAUCAAGAACGUCAACUAUUAGAAACACCAGCUGGUGUUUUUUGUUUGAAUCGUACAAACACAAAAAACUUACCAAAAAAUUUUCCACUACGUAUGUCAAUUAAUACUGAAACAUCUAUAAUACAAACAAAUAAUACGUCAAUUUACAGUGAUUAUCAGUUAGUUGAUGAACAAUUAGAUUUUGUUCGUAUUGAUUACUAUUCCCAUGAUCGUCAUUCUCGAGACAUUUUUGAUUAUUCAACAGGUUUAUAUUAUAAAUAUUUACCUCAAAUACAACAGUGUAUAGUCUCUAAUCUCUCUGCUGAAGUUGGUAUUUCAACGACAGAUCAAAAUAGAACUUAUGUUCGAAUGAAAACUAUUACUGAAUUAUUAUUGUUAGAUAAUAUUACACAGUAUCAUUAUACGGGUAUUAAAAAUUGUCAUGAUCGUGUACAAUGUGAUGUAUGGAUUGGCCAAAAAAGUGUAAAUAAUAUAACGGAACAAUUUGAAUGGUAUUGGGCAAGAGAAUUUGAUGGCAACCAAUUGGAAGAAGUUUUACCAAUAAAAUUGUAUAUAACAAUUACUCCAGAAAACAUAAUCCAACGAUAUACAGUAGAAACUAGUUUUCUUAAUUAUUUACCUUCUCCAGAUACAUAUAGUGGAAUUGAUUCAACAUUAGCCGAUUGUUAUCGUGCUUUAGGACCAGGUAACGGUUAUAAUUAUGCUGUUCUACGUUUUGCAAUUAGUAAUGAUGAUGGUUAUCCUGUUCAUAAAAAUAUUUUAUAUUUACGAAACAAUAUUUUAAAGGAAUUAGCAUCUUCUAUGCUAGUAAGACAAGUACGUUUUUCGAAUAUUAUUAUUGAUCAUGAACGAAGUGAAAAAGAUUUAUAUGUAACAUUUACAAUGGUUGAUAAUCCACCAAUAUAUGGUCCAGUUGCACAUCCAUUGCGUGAACCAACGUCCAUUAUUCUUAUUCAACGUUUGGAAUAUGUUAUUAAUAAAAAUACAUUUAGAUUUAAAGGAAAAUAUGAUGAUACAAAAGAAAUUGAAUUAAAAGCAAAACCUCAUAGUUUACAAACAUUGGUUUUAUAUACAUUUCCAACAAUUAAUAAUACAAUUUAUGUAAAUCAAACAGAAAUUGUCUAUCAUAAUCAAACAGAAACCAUUGUCGAAGUGAAAGAAGUAAUCAUAAAAACAUAUACAAGUACUAAAAUAACAGCAUUUUGGAUUGGUUUUAUUUCACUGGGUGCUGUGAUUACAGUGGUAAUUGGAUUGAUUAUUAUUAAAAAAAUGUAG